AUUCUCCUUUCUCUAGUGGUGUGUAGGGAGCGUUAUCUUAACACAUUUCUUUCUUAAAAAGUAGCCCCAUGACACCGCGGGUUUAAUUAAAGAAGGUAAUCCCGGAUUCCUCAGAAAUCCGAAUCCAAGACUUGGGUCCCGCCCCUCUUUGCAGGUCCUGCCCCUCGUUCCCUUGUCAUGGAGAACUCGUCUGUGGCAUCGGCGUCUUCUGAGGCGGGCAGCACGCGAUCGCAGGAGAUUGAGGAGCUGGAGCGCUUUAUUGACAGCUAUGUCCUCGAGUACCAGGUGCAAGGUCUACUGGGAGACAAAAGUGAGGUUGACGCAGAUGGGGAAAAACCCCAGUCGCACAUCUCACAGUGGACAGAGGACUGCAAGAACAAAAAAGACGGGAGUUGGUCAUCUUCGCGGGGGAGAGGAUCAUCCAAACCAGAUGAGUGGGAGCACAGCAGCAAUGGCAGCACAGGCUCCAGGCCCAGCUCAGGGUCCAGACCGGGUUCUGGCUCCAGGUCCAGCAGCAGAGGGUGCAACAAUCAGUUCAGAGGACCAAUCAAGCUGCAGAACGGAAACAGAGAAGGCUCUUUCGAUAUCUUAGGCACUGACAUCUGGGCCGCCAACACCAUGGACUCUCACGGAGGUGCCACGUGGGACAUGCAGCCUGAGAAGCUGGACUUCAGCCAGUUCCACAGGAAGCCUUUCCGGGGCACGCCAAAGCACCUUCCACACGUCGACCGAGAAGGAAUGAUCAAUGACAAGUUUGAUGGGGAUGAUGGGAUAGACCUGACCGAAAUGGAAAGGUUUCUACCUGGACUUGCACAGGCCUUCCCACCCCUUCCUAAUGAAGCUGAAAUUGCACACACCAAAAAACUAUUCCGACGCAAGAGGAACGAUCGACGGAGACAACAAAGACAGCAGGGGGUAGGAGGGGGAGGCGGUGGAAGGAUCCAGAAUCCUCUGCAGCAUCUGCAGCAGUUGCCACAGCAACAUCACAAUCAACAACAGCAGCAGCAACCUUCAUCACAACUACAACACCAGCCCCAGCAGCCGAUUGCAGGGCAAUCUGGGGGCAAUGGUUGCCGACCUCCUAGGGAACAACAUGGACGCCAGUACCAGAGCUAUGGUGGGCAGCGCCCGGUACCAUCCCACCAUGGCUAUAGCCUGAACCGUCGCUGGCACAACAACCAGAAACCGCACACUGGGCCUAGCCCUGGGCAGGGACAGCCCCCCAUAGCGGGUGACAAGGGUACACCCUUUAAAAACACCAAAGAAAAAAAGACUGAAAAUGUGUUAUUCGAGGAAUCCAAGCCGGACCCUGCUAGCAAGAAGGCCCUAAGUGAAGAUCCUAGGUCUUGUACAAAACCAGACCAGACGGUCAAUCAUAAUGAGAGUGGUAGCCCCAACCAGGGAACAAUGGGGAGUGUGUCGACAAGGGAGGGCCAGGCAGACGGCCCCAGGGUCAAUCUGUUGCAGUCGUCCAAGGACAGGCUGAGGAAGAGACUAAAAAACAAGGAGGAGGUGUGUGUGGCAAUUGAGGGGGACCCACUGCAAAACCGCAUGGACAGGCUGCUGGAGAUUCUCAACAGCAUGAGGAACAACAGCAGUGGGGUGGAGGUCCAGCUUAGCUCUUUCCUGGAGGAGGCCCAGAGCUCAGCUCGCUCAGAGGAGAUAUUAGCCCAGAUUGUGAGCACCAUCUAUGGCAAGGCUGUUAGCGACCGUAGCUUUGCUGCCACGGCUGCCAAGCUCUGUGACAAGAUGGCCCUCUUCAUGGUAGAGGGGACCAAGUUCAGGUCCCUACUGCUUAACAUGCUCCAGAAAGACUUCUCACGUCGGGAGGUGUUGCAACAGGGGGACGUGGAGUGCUGGCUGGGCUUCAUCACCUUCCUUUGCGAGGUGUUCGGAACCAUGAGAAGCAGCGCUGGGGAGCCCUACAGGGUGCUGGUCUGCCCAAUCUACACCUGCCUCAGAGAGCUACUGGAGUCCACAGACGUCAAGGAGGAUGCUGUUCUCUGCUGUUCCAUGGAGCUGCAGAGUACAGGGCACCUCCUAGAGGAGCAGCUGCCAGAGAUGAUGACGGAGCUGCUGGCCACAGCCAGGGACAAGAUGCUGUGCCCUUCGGAGUCCCAGCUCACUCGAUCCCUCCUCAUGGAGGUCAUCGAGCUGCACGCCCACCACUGGAGCCCCCUGGAGGCCCUUACAACUCAAUACUACAACAGGACCAUCCAGAAGCUUACCACCACUGCCUAAGGCCUCUCAGCCUCGGUUUCCAGCCCUUUCCAAGUCCACAGACUCAAUCCGUGUAACAUCCCCUGACCACUACUAUAUCAAUGCCACCAUCUCAAGGUUUACCAAAACAACCAAGGACCCCGAUCCAGCUUAUACUCCAUACCCUCUAACCCUCAAGCCCUAUAUCCUCAGAGAACUGUGCUGGUUUGACAAAGACAUGAGACCCAUGCAUAGUUAUGAAAAACACGUAAACACAUAAAUACAACACUAGAAACUGUGGCCAUUAAGAAACAAGGAGGGCGAGAACAACGGCAAGGUCAUGACAGGGAGAGGAGGGGUGAGGGGCUCGCCCUGUGUCUGGGGAAAAGAGAAGCGAGGUGGGGGGUGAAGAAGGGGGGGGAGGUUCUCUCGUGUUUGUGUGCCAACCUCUCACCCCUCUUUCUGUCCUGUCCUCCCCCCUCCUGUCCGUCUUUUGUGGGGGGGGGUGGGGGGGGCUGUAUGGGGGGGGGAGUAGGAAUAGGGUCCAGGUCAUGAGGACAGGCUGCAAGGCUGGGCCCCAGGGCUCCAGCAUGGCCUUCCUUUGUCCCCUCUGUAGGAGGUUCCUUUGUUGGGCUCAAACAACAGGCCUUCUGGGCUGUACUGGCUGGCUUUGGAUCUGGCUGGUAGAUGGCUGUCGGAGCCUUGGUGGGCGACACACUCCCGUCCUCUAGCCACAGACGAUGGGAGGGCGAAACACACCCUCCUCCAGCCUCUAGUCUCAGCCCAGACACCCAAGCCAGCCCAAUCCAGACUAGGCCACCAACAGAGGGGGUUGUGGGCCUCCAGAGUUAGUGGUGGGAUGGGGUGGGGUAAUCAAAACUGCUUCUUUUUUUGUCAUUGUUUUUACGAGGGAUUUAAUUUCCUCUAUCAGGCAGUGUUUACCAUGCUAUCUUGGUAUUGAUACAUUAUCACCUUUUUUUAUUAAUAAUAAUAUUAUUUGUAUUGUUUGAAAUUGUGUGUUUGAAUGUGUGAAUGAAAUAGUUUAGGCUAGGCGUAUUGCAAAGGUUUGAUUUGUUUUGCACAGUUUUGAGGCAGAUUGCUUUCAAAGUCAUAAAAACUCAAAUGGAAUUUGGGACAGUGGUAUGGAAAGAUCAAUAGUCAGAGGCAGAGGUGAGUAUUGUUUUGCUCUAAAGAAAUGGUUGAACUUUGUAUAAGAUAUCUGUAAGAUAGUGGUGGCCUUGUCAACUAAAUUCUCAAGAAUCAUGUCUUUGUUUUAAAAUGGUGUAGGAGGGCUUGCUGACUUUUUUACAAAUAUUAUUUGGUAUUACAUUUUCUUGCAGUAAAUUGCAGCUUCCACAUGAAAAUACAUAAAAAAAGCAUGACACACAAACAAACUAUUUCUGUAAUGUUCUGUCAUUUUUGCGGAAGCAUUUUAUGCUUUGGAAGAAAACAUGAAUUAACCUGUGUAUUUACAGACGAAAAAAAGACAAAUAUUUCACGAUAUUACUAAAGUAGUACUACAUCAUCAGUACUCUGGCUUAUCUGCAGAUGUGUGUAUUAUGAUAUGGACAUACCAAGCCAAUCAUUUAUCUUUUAAUGGACUUAAUGUAAUCCAGUAUUACAUUAUAAGCAAGUAUUUUAAGACAAUGGAGCGUGCUCAAGUAAAGGCAUUGUGCAAAGCUAAAAUGAUAGCAAAUUAUUUGCUGAAUAGGUAGGUUGGUUUGUGGUUGUAUUAAGAGUCCUCACGCAUUCUUAAGGCUACAGCUCAUUUUGCUUGGGGCUAGUCAGUCAUGCAAAACAGACACAACCCUCAUUUACCAUUGAACCACUGGGCAGUUUUAGAUUGGUCUUGUCUUGCAUCAAGAAUACAAAAUCCUUCAGGUGAGAACACUCCAGGGACUUGAGGGCUGUCCAACGAGUCAUGCAGAUUCACCGCCGAGCUCAGUCGUCCAAGUGUACGCCCGCCCGAGAGGUGAUUUUAUUUAUUUUGUUUGUUUUUAUUUGAUUUCUGUCAUUUCAUUAAUUUUUUAUUUUAGGUUUAUAUUUCAAUGGAUUUAGUUUUAAUCUUUGAUGUUUUUUUUUUAAAUGACUGAACUAUUGUAAUACCUACAGCUUGCAUGGUUUAGGGUGUAAGUGUGGUAUUACUUUAGUUUUAGAUUAUAAAGAUGCUAUUGGUCAAUUCCAUUAUGCAAAGGAGCAAAUUCAUUGCAAAGAGGGUUGGCCCCUCAUCUCUGACACUGAGGUGUCUUAAGUGUCUUUGACCCUAUCGCGGUCAUGUGACGCAACCGACGAUUGAAUGCAGUGCACCUUCCUUUGCAUCUCAUUGACAUUAAAAUGAGGCUCCAGCCUGAGUACAGAUGAGCUAUACAUUUGUGAAAGUAGUCAUCAAUGAAUUUGUUUUUUUAAGCAAUUGAAAAAUAAACUAACUGAAAAACUU